AUGCCCAGCAAGGCAUCAUCUUCCUCCAAGAAGCAAAAUGUGGUCACCUUCUGUGAAGCUCAUGAUCCGCAGUACGGCGUGCUGAGUCCGCUUUCCCCCAGCCCCCUUGUCGUGCGCCACGUUCAGUACCCCUCUCUGCACCACUACUUCCUGUGUGAGCGCUUCAAGGGAUCGCCAGCGGAGCAGUGGGUGACUGAAGCGACGACGGUGUGGUCGCUGGACCGCCUCGUCAAAGCUGCAGAAGCGGAGGGGUAUCAGCGCUCGAACUGGAACAAGGUGAAAGUGGACGUGAUGCUGCUUGGCACGUACCUCAAAUUUAAGCAGAACGAGGCAGCUCGGGCGGUGCUCCUCAGCACCCAUCCCUCCCUGCUGCUGUACCACACACCGAAGGACGACUUCUGGGGGGAUGGCGGCGACGGUACGGGAAAGAACGUGCUUGGCGUGGUAACAAUGACGGCCCGCGCGCGCCUGCACAGCGAGGAGGAGCGGCAGCAGGAGCGCGCGCCGGCCCCUGGCAGACAUGGUAAGCCCACCGCCGCCAAGUCUGCCCGCGCCCCUUCCACGCACACCUAG